UUCCCGAUCCCGGUUUACUCAUUUCAUGAUGGCCGAGGGAGGCGGACCCGAGUCGGGUAACGCGACAGACUCCGAUCCGGAGCCGGUAGCCACGCAGAUACCGACGCCUUCAACAGAAAGUCAAAAACAGACUAUCGGAACACUUCUCAAAACAACUCUUCGAAGGGGCGACGAAUGGUUCCUGAUUGACAGCAGAUGGUUUAAACAGUGGAAGAAGUAUGUGGGCUUUGACAGCUGGGAUAUGUACAACGUUGGAGAGCACAGUCUCUAUCCAGGACCCAUCGACAACUCUGGGUUGUUCUCAGACCAAGAGACCCAAAUCUUGAAGGAGCACCUAAUAGAUGAGCUGGAUUAUGUCCUGGUCCCCACAGAGGCCUGGAACAAGCUGGUCCACUGGUACGGGUGCCUGGAAGACCAGCAGCCCAUCGUUAGAAAGGUGGUGGAACAUGGCAUGUUUGUGAAGCACUGUAAGGUGGAAGUCUACCUGUUGGAAUUAAACCUGUGUGAGAAUAACAACAUGGACAAUGUGGUUACGCGUCACUUCAGCAAAGCCGACACCAUAGACACCAUAGAGAAGGAAAUGAGGUUGUUGUUUGAGAUCCCGUCCGGGAGCGAGACCCGGCUGUGGAACAAGUACAUGAGCAACACGUACGAGCAGCUGAACAAGCCAGACAGCACCGUGCAGGAUGCCGGUCUCUUCCAGGGCCAGGUGCUUGUGAUCGAACGCAAGAAUGAGGACGGCAGUUGGCCUAGACAAGCUUCCCAUCCAAAAUCUAGUACAGCAACCUCCAGGAAUUUCACUACCUCCCCAAAGCUCUCCUCAGCACCCACCUCCUCCACCUCCUCAGCACCCAUCUCCUCCACCGUCACUAAUGGAGACAGCAGCAGCAGCUCAGGCUACACGCUGAACAACAGCUCCUCCUCUGGAAACAGAUUGGGGGGAUACAACUCCUACAGCUCCUCCUACAACUACAGAGAGUCGGCAUCCCAACCUGGCUUAUGUGGCCUCAGUAACCUAGGCAACACCUGCUUUAUGAACUCUGCCCUCCAGUGCCUGAGCAAUGCGUCCCCCCUCACUGAAUACUUCCUGGACGACCAGUACGAGGCAGAGAUCAACCGGGAGAACCCACUUGGGAUGAGGGGGGAGAUCGCAGAGGCCUACGCAGACCUGGUCAAGCAGAUGUGGCUCAGCCGGAGCAGCUACGUAGCCCCCCGCACCUUCAAAACCCAGGUGGGGCGCUUCGCCCCCCAGUUUUCGGGCUACCAGCAGCAGGAUUCUCAGGAGCUUCUGGCCUUCCUGCUGGAUGGCCUCCACGAGGACCUGAACCGUGUCAAGAAGAAGCCUUACCUUGCCCUGAGAGACGCAGAGGGCCGGCCCGACGAGAUUGUAGCUAAGGAGGCCUGGAGUAACCACCGGCUGCGGAACGACUCCAUCAUCGUGGACAUCUUUCACGGCCUCUUCAAGUCCACCCUGGUGUGUCCGGAGUGCUCCAAAGUCUCCGUGACCUUUGACCCUUUCUGCUACCUCACGCUGCCUUUGCCCAUGAAGAAGGAUCGCACCAUGGAGGUGUUUCUAGUUCGCUCCGACCCCCAGUCCAGACCUACGCAGUACCGAGUGGUGGUCCCCAAGCUGGGAGCAGUGACGGACCUGUGCGCAGCUCUGUCCAGGCUCUCUGGCAUCCCUGCAGAGAACAUGGUGGUGGCCGACGUUUACAAUCACAGGUUCCACAAGAUCUACAGACGAGACGACGGGCUCAACCAGAUCAUGGAGAAAGAUGACAUCUUUGUGUACGAGGUCCAGGAGGAGGACAGUGAGAGGAUGAACCUGCCGGUGUACUUCAGGGAGCGCCACUCCAAGCACCCCGGGGGCUCCACGGCCACCAUGCUGUUUGGACAGCCGCUGCUCAUCACUGUGCCCAGGCACAACCUGGUCGCAGACACUCUCUACGAGAAAGUGCUGGAAAGGAUUGGGCGCUACGUGAAGCGCGUGGCGAGCCCCGGUGGCGAGACACGGGCCUCGGCCUCCGCCAGCUGCAGCCAGGCCUCGGAGUGCUCCACGGUGGCCACGGCGACGUCCAAUCACAACGCGGGGCCGGCCAAGUGCGGCAGCCCACCGUCUGGCUCCAGCAACGGCAGCAGCCACGCAGGGACCUGCAACGGACCCAACGGAGUGUGUGAGGGUGAGGAGGAGGCCAUGGAGCACCAGGUGAGCCCCGAGCCGGAGAACGGCCAAUCGGAGGAGGGCGAGGAAGAGGAGGAGGAGGAGGAGGAAGGGGGGGCGUCGGACGUGGAGAACGGGCCGAAGAGCGGUGGGAAGAAGCGUCCGUCCAGCAGCCGGCCUCCCAGACUCUUCACCUUCAGCAUGGUCAACUCCUACGGCACCGCCAACAUCAGCCCCCUGCCUUGCGACGGCAACGUCCUCAAACUCAACACACAUUCCACCGUGGCAAUAGACUGGGACUCGGACACCAAGAAACUGUGUUACGACGACAGAGAGGAAGAAGCUUAUGAGAAGCACGACAGCAUGCUGCAGCUGCAGAAGAAGAAGGCCAGCGUGGCUCUGAGAGAGUGCAUUGAGCUCUUCACCACCAUGGAGACGCUGGGGGAGCAUGACCCCUGGUACUGUCCCACCUGUAAGAAACACCAACAGGCCACCAAGAAGUUUGACCUGUGGUCGCUGCCUCGCAUCCUGGUGGUCCACCUGAAACGCUUCUCCUACAACCGCUGCUGGAGAGACAAGCUGGACACCGUGGUGGACUUCCCUGUCAGGGACCUGAACAUGUCUGAGUUUGUGUGCGAUCCCAAGGCCGGCCCCUACAUCUAUGACCUCAUCGCUGUCUCGAACCACUAUGGAGGAAUGGGCGGAGGCCACUACACGGCCUACGGCAAGAACAAAGCGGACGGCAAGUGGCACUACUUUGACGACAGCAGUGUGUCUGCUGCAUCGGAGGACCAGAUAGUGACAAAAGCUGCUUACGUGCUCUUCUACCAGCGGCGUGAUGCAGGCGACGCCCCCCUAAAGCCGGCCUCCCCCGCUCUGGGGGGCGCUGGCCCCGAAGCAGCCGACUAUCACAUGGACACCAACUGAGCGUGCGGCGCUGGGGCCGGCGGCGGCGUGACAUGCACUGAAGCAAACGACGACGACACGACAAGAGACACGUUGACACACACACACACACCCAAGCUUCUUCAGUGACAGUGAGACUGCAGAGUCAAUAUUAUUAUUAUUAUUAUUCCUUCUCACACACCCUGCACCCCUGUGUUUUGUUUUGAUGAUCUUAUAUACAUCGUCACGGAGAUGGGAACGCCUUGUCUGUCAGAUGAGCAACUUAAGAGACUUCCUCCUGGAGCUGCUGAUGUUGGGGGGAGGGGGGGGGAACAACUGAGAGGAGUAUAGAAGAAGGUGGAGUAUCCUCUCACUGGACACAUGAGAAUGUUAGAAGUGACCUAAAAUGCAUAGUGAUUUAACGCAGACUUUUCUGUUUUACCCGCUAGAAAAGUUCGAAAAUAAAAAAAGCCAAAUUUUGUUUUCAACCAAAGCGUUCCAAAUUAUACAUGGAAAGGGAAUGUACCAACUCUCUUUGUGUGAGGCUGGAGGGUCGGGAUGAGAGAAAGGUCAUGUUUGUUAGCCUUUCAGGUUUUGGAGAAUUUAUGCAAACAUGCUCGUAACAUUGCGAUGAGCUCAGGGGUCAGCACGUGGCUCUGACUGACGGGUGACCUUAACCAGACGCGUGGAGAUUUGAUCUAGUCAGCUCGAGGUGUCUCAGCUCGCUGCAGACACACUCCUAUUGGUCUAAGAGAUGGUGUGUUGCUGUGUCCAGGUUGUUUUGUCUGUGUGAACUCCCUUCCUCCCCCUCUCUCACCACCCCACCCCUUCCUCCCCCUCUCUCACCCCCCCCCCCCUCGUUUACUGACCCUUGGGUUAUCUACAGAUGGAGAGCUUUCACUCCCCCCCCCCCCCCCCCCCCCAGCCGAUCGACGGCUCGUUAUUAAGCCUAGCAUGCUAGCUAGCUCCUGUUUCUUUCAUACACCCUGACUCAAGGGGAAAUAAUCCAGUUAACAAAAAACGUCUCUUGACACAUACACACACACACACUCACACACACACUGCUACAGCGGCCUUUGGUUUUGCAACCUGUUUGAAGAGGAGGAACUUUUAGUUGUCACAGGAUUUCAUGGUUAAAACCUUUUUUGUUUUGUUUGCAUUUGGAAAGUGUGAAUAUGUGGGAUGUAUGAUAAGGCCAUAGCAUAGAGAUCUCACAGCUAUUGGUUGAAAGCUCGACUUCAUUGCUACCCCCUGGCACACGUGCAGAUGGCUUAUAUUGUACAGUGUUGCAGCUCUGCAUUCGUAUGGCUGUUUUCAAUAUCUACAAAAGCACGUGGAGUGAAGUUGACUUCAGACCAGUAAAGAAAGUGGUGCUUGAAUUUAGUUUUUUUACUUGAACCUGCUGACGAUCAACAAUAAGCAAUCUUAUGUCAUCAAUAGGAAUGGGAGAGCAGUGAGUGAAUGAUCUGUGUGUUUUGGUGGGCACAGGCACCUGCUGUCCAGCUUUUAGUCUUUUUCCAAAUGACUUGGCCAACGAAAUCGCUAUUGAAAAUAAAAUGUUAUAGAUAAGUCUUGUUUGUCAAUGGCAACAUUCAGUUAGAGUAACGAGUAAUACAAACAAGUUAAACAAAUGAUUUUGUUGCUAUGUGCUGUAGCUUGGUACUCCAUACAAAGCUGGCUGAUGCCAGCUACAUGUGUUGUUUGAGAAGAAGGCUGUUGGUGACAUGGCCAUAAUACAGUAGAAUAUUCGUCAGCAGCUAGUGUCUCUACAAUCACCAACCCCAGAUUCAGUAGCCAAUAGUCUUGUGAGAACAUAACCAUUGACACCUUCUAUGGAUAAAAAAAAAAGAUGAAGUUAAUGCACCUUGGCUUUUGUCUUGUGCUUUUCCCAUGUGUCACUGCAGCAUGGUCAGAGAGAGGUCUGUCACACGACACACCCCUCUAACGACGCGGCCCAUCUGAGAUGAGAACUUUGAUUACUAUAACCAUAUUUAUGCCAAUGAAUAGAAAAGCUUUAUAUUAUCUCUGUAAUAUUCCGCUAGAGUCAGUGAAAAACAACAAAAAAACAUUCAGCUGUCCAAAAACAUAUCUACAUUUUUCUUUAAAUCAUGAGCGACUUCUACACUUCAGUUUAAGUUUGCUGUUAAAAAUAUUUAUUAGAUGUAAAUAAUCACAAUAUUUGAGAUAGAUACAUAACUCUGUCCUUAUAUUUAUCAUAUUGCCCAUAUCUGCAAUAUUUGUUUUUAAUGGGAAGUUAUUUGGAUUGAAAAUACAAUAAAGAUUGGAAGGCUUAAAAGGAUGUUU